UCCACUUCCCCAAUAUCUCCGACUUUUCCUCUUCGAUAGAGAGAGAGAGAGAGCACUCUAAUGGUGGUUUGAAUUUCUAGGGUUUCACGUUGCUAGGAUUCCAUGGCUAUUGAUCUGAUGGGCUACACCAAGAUGAACGACCAGAUCGCCAUCCAGGAGGCGGCGGCGGCGGGUCUCCGUGGCCUGGAACAUCUCGUCUCCCAGCUCUCCAACCAGUCAUCGGCGAUGGAUUGCCGGGAGAUCACCGAUCAGACCGUAUCCAAGUUCAAGAAGGUGAUCUCCAUUCUGAAUCGCACCGGCCACGCUCGAUUCCGCCGAGGCGCCGUCACAUCACCGGCGCCGUCAACAGUAACUCCCCAACCUCGUCUGCUUCCUCCUCCACCGCCUCCACCUCAGACGCUAACACUAGAUUUCACUAAACCCAACACCGGAUCUAUCCCGAUCAUCGUCUCCGGCGCCGGCCCAGAGAUGGCGUCAAGCCAUUACGGGAAAGAUAACUUCAGUAUCUGCACCUCGAUCUCAUCAGCGAACUCCUCAUUCCUCUCAUCGAUCACCAACGACGGUAGCGUAUCCAACGGCAAGACAUCCUCCUCUCUCCUCUUCACCCCGAUCGCCGCCGUCUCCGCCGGCGGUCGACCUCCUCUCUCCUCCAACUACAAGAAGAGAUGCAGCUCUCACAGCCACUCCGACGAUCUCACCGCCAAACUCUCCGGCGGCCGCUGCCACUGCUCUAAACGAAGGAAAUCGAGGGUAAAAAAGACAAUUCGCGUCCCAGCAAUCAGUUCAAAGAUGGCCGACAUCCCGCCGGACGAGUACUCUUGGCGCAAGUACGGCCAAAAACCCAUCAAGGGUUCCCCUUACCCACGUGGUUACUAUAAGUGCAGUAGCUUGCGAGGUUGCCCUGCCCGCAAGCACGUCGAACGCGCUCCCGAUGAUCCUUCGAUGCUCAUCGUCACCUACGAAGGCGAGCACCGCCACACCCCCGCCGCCGUCUCCUCCGCCGCCGCCGCCUCAGAUCCCAUCAUCUUCGAUCCCGCACGUGACAUCUGAUCUUGAAUCUCAGCCGUUUAUCAUCAACUUAGUUUCUUGAAAUUUUUUUUUCUUUUAUUAUUAUUUUUCUUUUUUUCCACUCUUUUUUGGCUCCUCUCUUCCAAAAGAGGAUCGAUCUGUAAAAUAUUUUCGCGGAAAAAAAAAGUAAAUCUAAA